UCGGGGGGGGAAUUUGGGAAAAUUUGGGGCCAUUUCGGGGGGAUUUGGGGUCCCUGCCCCCCCCCCUCGGGGUUGGGUUUGUGGGGAAAGUGAAAAAAACCCCAAUUUUGUGGUAAAAAAAUGGAAUUUUUGGGCAGGAUUUGGGUAAAAGGGGUGGAAUUUGGGGUGAAAAUUCCCAUUUUGGGGUGAAAAUUCCCAGUAAAAAAAUUCCCAUUUUGGGGUAAAAGUUCCCUUUUGGGGGAUGGAUUUUGGGGUGAAAAUUUGAGGUAAAAAUAUCCAUUUUGGGGUAAAAAUUCCCAUUUUAGGGUAAAAAUUCCCAUUUUGGGGUGAAAAUUCCCAUUUUGGGGACAGAUUACUGGGUGGAAUUUGGGGUAAAAACACUCAGUUUAAGGGGUGGAUUUUGGGGCAGAACUUGGGGUGAAAAUUCCCUUUUUUGGGGCAGAAUUUGGGGUAAAAAUUCCCAUUUUGGGGUUGGACUUGGGGGUGAAAAUAUCCCAUUUGGGGGUGGAUUUUUGGGUGAAAAACGCCCAAUUUGGGGGUGGAUUUUGGGGCAAAAACCACCAACUUCAGGGUGGAUUUUGGGGUAGAAAUGCUGGAUUUCGGGGGUGGUUUUUGGGGUGAGAAUGCCCAGUUUGGGGGUUGUUUUUAGGGUGAAAACGCUCAGGUUGCAGGUGGAUUUUGGGAUGGAAACGCCCGCUCUGAGGGCGGAUUUUGGGGUAAAAAUGUCCUUUUUGGGGUCAAAAUGUGCAAGCGGGGCUGGAUUUUGGGGUGAAAGCUGCUGCUUUUGGGUGGAUUUUGGGGUGGAACCGCUGAGUUUGGGGGAGGAUUUGGGGCAGAUUUUGGAGGUGAAAAUGCCCAAUUUGAGGGGGGAAUUUAGGGCGGAAUUGUCAACUUCGGGGGCGGAUUUUGGGCUGGAAUUUGCCAGGUUUGGGGGCGGAUUUUGGGGUGAAAUUCGCCAGGUUUGGGGGCGGAUUUUGGGCUGGAAUUUGCCAGUUUUGGGGUGGAUUUUUGGGGUGGAUUUCAGGGUGACCUUGCCCAGUUUGGGGGUGGAAUUUGGGGUGAAAUCUCUGAGUUUUGGGGUCGCUGUUGAGCUGGAAGUUUCCAUUCUGGGGGUUGGCUUUGGGGGGCAGUUUGGGUCAGAUUUGGGCGAUUUUGGGGCAGAUUUGGGGGAUUUUGGGGCAGAUCUGGGGGAUUUUGGGUCUGGGGGCUUUGAGCUGUGCCCCAUCUCAGGAUCUUUGGGGUCACUCCGGGGGGGCGGGGUCACUCCGGGGUCACUCCGGGGUCACUCUGUGGGGGCGGGGCCACGCGGGGGUCGCUCUCCGGUCACUCUCGGGGUCACCCUGGGGUCGCCCCGCGGGUCCCCAUGUGGGGUCACCGCGGGCGGGGGUCGCUCCUCAGGUCACCCAGGGGUCACCCAGGGGUCACGGCGGGGUCACUCCGACCCCUCCCCCGCGCCGGCGCCGCCGCUCCAGGGACCCUCGGGAGCCGCUCCGCCCCCGAAGCUCCGCCCCCCGACUUCCAGGCCCCGCCCCCUUUUCCCUGCUCCCGACCCCGCCCCUUUUAUCUUCAAGCUCCGCCCCUUUCUCCUGUCCAAGCUCCGCCCAUUUCUCCUGACCACGCCCCUGCUUUGGCCCCGCCCUCUCCUGUUUGAGCCCCGCCCCUUUCUUCAGACCCCGCCCCUUUCUUCAGACCCCGCCUGUUUUAUCUGCAAGCCCCGCCCCCUUUUUUGUUCUGUUUCCUGUUUUACAUUAAAACGACCCAAAAUGGUAGGGGGCCCCCGAGAGCCCCAAAAUCCCCCGAACUGA